UGCACUCCCUCCAGUGUCAGCUUGGACGUGGAGUUCUGACAGGGAACUCUCGUUGCACCGGACUCAUAAUAAUUAUGAUUUCGCAUCCACAAUUUAAAGCAUUUUAACUUUUAAAGGAAUACUAAUAAUCGCCGAGGUUGCACUGAAAACGAGAGAAAGGCAAGGAGAGUCCGAGAGAUCACGUAUUUCAACCUGUGAACGAUCGAAGCACAGCCUGACGUUUGAAAAUAGAUACUUCGUUGUAGCCUGUGAUGGCACCUUGACGCGUCCGUCAGCCUCUGACUACUUCGACACGAGACACUCAAGUUCUGCACACAGGCCGCCACAUCGCGUAGAGAUACCACGCGGGGAAUUAAACUGAGGGUGAAUGUCUUUACCAUGAGUCUGCUGGGACCCCCAACGAGGCUCACUAAUGGGGUGGUCAGAUCUGACAGCAAGAUCAGCGCCAAGGCUCUCUAUGAACAACGAAAGAAAUAUUCCAACUCUAACAUCAUCAUGCAGGAAACAUCACAAUAUCACGUUGAGCAUCUCUCCACAUUUAUGAUGGAUAAGUCAGACUCCAUUGCCACGGUGGAGGACGCCAUAAAGAAAUUGAUCCUGCUUGACUCCAAGGAUAAGAUCUGGACCCAAGAGAUGCUGCUUCAGGUGACAGCUGAGGCUGUGAGGCUGUUGGACUGUGAAACACUGGAGGAGCUAGAGAACUUCCCUCUGUCCACAGUGCACCUGACACAGACAGUGCUGAAUCAGACUCGCUACCCCUCUGUGCUCCUGUUGGUGUGCCAGGACAGCGAGCAGCACCGUCCAGAUAUCCACUUCUUCCACUGUGAUGAGGUGGAGGCUGAAAUGGUCCAUGCAGAUAUCGACAGUGCCCUGGGUGAUAACAAACAUGGCAAGAAAUUGCGCCCACAGACCCUGAAGGUGAAUCAGGAAAAGAUGAAAAGACAUCGUGAGACCAUAAUCCCCCCAUCGACCCCCAAAGGCCCCGAUCCAGCAGGGAAGGGGAGAGUGGCUGCCAAAAAUAUGCAAGACAUUGAGAGGCGGGGCUCUGUGCCACAGGACCAGGACACCCAUGAGAAGCUGGCCCAGCGCAUAGAGAAGGACGUGCAAAUCCUCAACUGUGCUCUGGACGAUAUUGAGAUCUUCGUGGCUCGGUUGCAGAAGGCAGCGGAGGCCUUUGCCCAGCUCAACCAGCGCAACAAGAGCAAGAAGAAUAAGAAGAAGGGGCCAGCAGAGGGGAUGCUAACCCUUCGCGCUAAGCCUCCCAGUGAGGCCGACUUCACUGACAGCCUGCAGAAGAUAAAGCUGGCCUUCAACCUGCUGGCCAAACUGAAGAAGCACAUCCAGAACCCCAGUGCCUCUGAGCUUAUUCAUUUCUUGUUUGGACCUCUGGAGUUGAUCCUGCAGAGCUGUGGUAGUCCCGAGGUGCCUCGCUCCGUCAUCUCCCCUCACCUGUCCAGGGAUGCUGUGGACUUCUUGAGGGGUCACUUGUCCCCCAAAGAGAUGACUAUCUUUGAGCUGCUGGGAGAUGGCUGGACCAGGCCUAGGGCGGACUGGCCCAGAGACCAGUGUGGCCCACUCUACAUCCCCAAGUUCUGCAAUGGUUGGGAGCCACCUGCUGAAGUCUUCCGAUCAUCACCAUGGGAGAUAGAGGGUUCUGGACCCUCCCUCCCUGUCUCCCACCCUGACUUUAGAAAAAAGUCUGAUGAGUUUUUCUCCCCUCACUCCUACAGACCAUCCAAUGGAACUUACGACAGCACAUCUCCACGAAAAUAUGCCAAGAUCCGAUAUCACUUUGUGGCCCGCAAUGCUAAUGAACUAUCUGUGCUUCAGGAUGAGGUGCUGGAGGUGAUUGAGGAUGAUAAGCAGUGGUGGAAGCUGCGGAAUCGUAGUGGGCAGUCAGGCUAUGUGCCCUACAACAUCCUGGAUGUAGUCAAGCUGGAGGAACCCCACGGCCUCCCAGAGCCCCUCUACAGCCAGCCUGGGCAGUCUUUCAAAGGUGCCUCCCCUUCUGGCUCUUUGGGACGGGGCGACAGCUUUGAGACAACUCGUUCACCUAGAGAUUCCCGGACACAUCAGAUGGAUGAGGUGAAUGAUGAAUUGUUGAAGAGGAUCACCACCAGUAAGAGCCAGCCCCCGGGGCGUAACUUUAGGGUGGAGCGGCCGGCCAGCACUACCAUACCACUCAGCUAUGACUCUACCCCACAGCAGGUCACCAGCUGGCUCAACGCUAAGGGCUUCUCCAAACCGACCACAGACUGCCUGGGCAUCCUGACUGGAGCACAGCUCUUCUCCCUCAAUAAGGAGGAGCUGAAGGCUGUGUGUGGAGACGAAGGCUCCCGUGUGUACAGCCAGAUCACCGUGCAGAAAGCUCAGCUGGAGAGAAGUUGCGGUGACUCAGAGCUCCAGGAGAUCAUGAAGAAGAGGCAGGAGAAGAUUAGCUCCUUUUCCGCAGACUGAGCUCUCCAACUCUGUCACUCACAUCAGGAUUGUCCCCUGUUGGGCUAUGUCACUCACAGUGACUGAAUAAUGCCAUCUGAAUGAUAUGACCCCCCAAUCACCUCAUAUUUCCCCAUCUCUUCCAUCCCUGUUUACGACAGAAUGCAUCAUAUAAUAAGGAUGUACACCAAAUGUUAUAUAAUGUUUUUUAAUUGUAUAUUUAUUUCACUUUGUUUUUAUUGUUUGUGUAGUUCAUUAUGUAAUUGAUUCUCUUUCCAUCUCCUGCUAUAUAUCUGUAUGUCCAAAUGAACUUUUUACAAAUAUGUAAGUGAACAUAUACGUGCAUGUGAAAAUGUGUAUCUCUGCAUAUGCUUACCAUUAUCCACCUGGGAUAUCAGGAGAAGCUGUAACAAUGAGAUAAAAUUAGAUUUAGUGUUUCUGCAUACAAGGUAAGGGGUUUGAGGUAAAUAUCAUUGAACUGCCUUACAAGCUGACACAUGCAAAUGAUCACAUUUGAUUACAUUGAAAUUCACAUUCUUUCAAAAUGAGAAAGAUUAGAGUUAUUUGUAGAUGCUCAGAAAAGGCUUGGCUUACCGUGCUGACAUUCACAUUAAAGUGAGGUGCACAUUGGUUGUGAAGUUAAACCAUAUUUCUGCACUCUGAGCAUUGAACUUUCCUGCAGUUUUCAUGAGGUUUUCUGUUUCUAUUACAUUAAACCCAAGUAAUUACACAUCCAGUAAUGACCUCUCUCUCUGCCACAGGUUGAAAGGCGAUCACAAAUUGUCAUAUUUCAAUACGUUCGAUUUACUCUUACUAUUGGUUGUGUGUAAAAUCAGUCUGUUGCACUUGAAUGUGACAAUUUAAUCUUUUCAUUCCCAUCUGUCUUAGAGUUGCAUUAGAUCACAAUAUGCUCUGGCAUGUUUAUCUGCCCUAUUUUAUUGUGUAAAAUGAUGUAUCAUGGCUGAUACAGCCAGAUAGUAAUUAUUAUCAGUUUUCAUGGCUUGGAGAUCUCCUUUGAACAUUGCUGGAGACUGCAGCUGUGAGUAUGUAAGAGUGACUGCCUGGCAUGCCAGUGCACAAAACAGUGGUCUGUGAUAGUACAUUGUGUUCCUGCUCUUUCCAAAUUGCCAUGUAAACAGCUCAAUACACUGCAUCAGGAUGAUGGUACAUAAUGGCAAAAAAAAUUAAGGAAGAAAGUUUCAUGACUCACCAUGUGUAAAUAUUCAUCUGUAGUUAUUAAACAAUAUACAGAAUCAUGUAGCAUGGUUUAGGCACAGCUUUGAUGGAUGUGGUCUGAGAAGGCUUAAUAAAUG